CUGUCUUUCUCUCCUAUCCUAACCAACAUGGCCGCUAAGUCGGAUGGAGCAGCGGUGUCUGUGGAAGAUGACAACACGCCCAGGAGCCUGUCGGAGCCGGGGAACCCCGUGGCCCGGUCCCGCUGCACCGCCGCCGGUGGGAAGCCCUACACCCUGCUGGACUGCUGCUGGGUGCUCUGCGCCCUGCUCGUCUUUUUCUCCGACGGAGCGACCGACCUGUGGCUGGCCGCAGACUACUACCUGAGAGGCGACUACUGGUGGUUCGGCUUGACUCUGGUCUUUGUCGUGGUGCCCUCCGCUGUCGUGCAGGUGCUGAGUUUCAGGUGGUUCGUGUAUGACUACUCGGAUCUUAGCGGCGGGGAAGGUUCGGGCAGCGGCGGGAGCUGUUCGGCGGCGGCGGCAGGCGCGGCAGGCGCCGAUGCCACAGCGGGCGACGGCACGUUAAGUACCAAGGACAGCGACCAGCACGGUGGGAACGCGCCAGCGGUGAACGCCGCGAAUGUUACCCCGGUGUAUGCGUCCUCUGGCCCGCCUGCUGCGGCGGUGAGAGUCGGCUCUCCCCGGAGAUGCUGCACCAUCUGCAUGUGGGUCUUUCAAACCGUGCUUCACGUGCUGCAGCUGGGGCAAGUCUGGAGGUAUGUCCACGCCCUCUACCUGGGCGCCCAGAGCCGGUGGCACAGGAACGGGCCCCGCCGUCACUUCCACUGGAGGCUGAUGUUCGAGAGCGCCGACAUCACCAUGCUGCGCCUGUUGGAGGCCUUCCUGAAGUCUGCGCCGCAGCUCGUCCUGCAGCUGAGCAUCAUGAUUCACGGAAACGGCGUGCUGCCGCUCCAAGGCCUCUCAGCUUCAGCAUCACUGGUUUCACUGGCCUGGAUGAUUGCCUCCUACCAGAAGGUUCUCCGGGACUCUCGUGACGACAAGCUGCCCAUGUCCUACAAGGCUGUGAUCGCCCAGAUGCUGUGGCACUUCUUCACCAUCGGGGCGAGGACCGUGGCUUUUGCCCUUUUUGCCUCUGUCUUCCAGCUCUACUUUGGCAUUUUCAUCGUCAGCCAUUGGUGUGUGAUGACCUUCUGGAUUAUCCAGGGUGAGACUGACUUCUGCAUGUCUAAGUGGGAAGAAAUCAUCUACAACAUGGUCGUGGGUAUCAUUUACAUCUUUUGCUGGUUCAACGUCAAGGAAGGGCCCAGUCGCUUCCGUAUGGCUCUGUAUUACUCUGUGACUCUGGCUGAGAAUGUGGCGCUGACCGCUGCCUGGUAUACCUACCGUGGCCCCCAAACAAGUGACUCAUCCGCCCUGGUAGUAGUGUGCCUGGUGGCCUGCAGCUUUGCCCUGGGAACCUUCUUCAUGUUGGUCUACUACUGCUGGCUACACCCGGACGGGCCUGUUCUGGGCUCCCAGUGGGGAGGAUGCGUAGAUGAGGGUGUGGUAGGAACAGGGGGGAUGGUGGGAGUUAUUGACGCUUGCCUUACUCCAUCGCAAGGGUCCCAAACGGAUAUGGUCAUUACCAGUCCUCCACGGACUUUGCCCAGGACUAAAGAUAAAGACUUGGGGGAGCCAGUUCCUGGGGAGCGGGACAAGGACAGCUGCCUGCCUGUCUUCCAGGUACGCCCCUCCCCUUCCUCUUCUCCUGCUCUGCUUCACAGGACCUCCUCCACAUCCCGUGCACAAGAGGGUCCUGUGAUCAGGAUUGACCUCCCAAGAAAGCGAUACCCAGCCUGGGAUGCACACUUUAUCGACCGCCGCCUCCGCAAGACCAUCCUGCUUCUGGAGACCACCUCGGCCAUAAGUCCACGGAUACAGUACAGGAGCAGCCUGAUGGGCAGCAAAGAGGUGUUAGAAUAUGAGACAACUGUUUAAGCUAACAGGGGCUGUUAAACUACAAAGUGCAGUCUGGGUCCAAGGCUCAGCCCGGAAUCAGUCUUCAACCCAGGAAUACCUGUGCUGGGAGUAGCAUGAAAAGAAGACAGAAUGUCGGGCGACUCUCAUUGAGAAAAGAGGUUGUCAAACUGCGAUUGUGAAAUGUGAACCUCAAUGUGGGACCAAAGCUGUUGAAGAACAUAUAGCAAGAAUUACCUGUUGGAAGUUAAUGGAGUAUACUGAGCCAGGAUUGCCUCAUUUUCUAACACUUCAAACAAGAGGAAUUUAAUCUUACACCAGGGACCAGUAAGUGUUAGAUUUAGUUUCAACCUGGACGGUGAGGACAACAAGUAAAAGGACACCAGAGAAAUAAAGCUUGAGAUAAUUAAAAAAAAAAACUGUCUGCCACAUGAACUGAAGCCUCAAGCCACAGAGACAGAACAGAAAUGUAUGACAUGUUGAAGAAACAGAUUGUCAGAGUGUCCAUGGGACAUGCAAUCAUUUUGGGUUUGGGCAAAAUACAUAAAUCUACAGCCUAUUGAUUUGGCAUUCACAGAUGCUGAGUCAUUGUCUACAACCAAAUUCAUCCCAGGUUUAGCCAAGAUAAACACACACCUCUUACCAAUCAGUCACUUCGGCUUGCUUCAGAGAAUUACAAUGACUUGCAAGAAUACACACAGACGAGUCUGAGUCGAUUUGUUGCAAGAGUUGCUUUGUUCUUUCCAUCCAGUCAUGUCCCCAAAAGGUUGCAUGUGCCUCACAAAUCUUUGGUAAUUGUGCGCUUUAAACAUUUUGUCAGAGGCGUCUAAAGGAAAAAGCUGCUCGAAUUCCCCAGCAGGGCCUUGGCUUUCAUCUGAUGAUGGAUCGUAACUCAGUCUAAGUUCAGAUGGUCCAAGAAACGUAAACGAAACGAAACUGCAAUACAACUGAUACCAAUUCACCCAUCCAUUUGUGCCACAAUUGCAGCCAUAGCACAAGUCUCGCUGUUUACAUCCUAGCCGCACUGUCGACUCCAAACCAACGGACUCACUUGGAAAGCUGAACGAGGAUCUGAUAAGUGGAUGUAAGUGAGCAGCUUCUCAAACGGCCACCAACGUAUGGCAUGCUGUAAAUCGCCAGAAACAGGUCUGUGAUGUACAGUUGAAUAAAUGCAGAUGUCCAAUACUGUAUAAGAUGUUAAAAUAAGCUGUAGUUAGGUGAUGAAUGCCUUUUGUGAGUAAGGAAGCUUCAUUUACUCGUAAGAGUCUAAAUGUUGUCCAAAGUGGUUCACUUUUUCUAAAAAUCAUAUUAUGUAGAAUAUGGAGGAUAACACGGUCUACUUCAGUAUACUAUGAACUGGUUUUUAUAGGUUUGAUUUUGAGGGCAAAAAUAAUAAAAAGAAAUAUACCACUUGUUUAAAGUUAACCGUCAAGACAAAGAGUACAGAUAUGUUUUUGCAAACUAGGUAGAUGCAAUAGUUGAUGUCUUUUGUAACAAAAAGGAUAUACCCACGUCUAAGUUCUUUUGUUGGGUUUGGUUUCUUUGGAGGACCAUCAUGUUUUAAGAUAAAGAUGGUUCUGCAUUAACUAUAUAAACAACACUGGGUGCUUCGUGGAUGUGGUCAGUGAAUCAAGACGUAAAACAGAAGUGAGAAAGUUCCUAAAAGUGGCUCCAAUAGUUUCAAUUUUUUUUUAAAAGUCUUUUGGAUGCAAGUCUUUAUGGUCUCCUUUUUUGUGGUCCUUAAUUCAGUUCAAAUUAAGGCUUUACUGUCAGGUUUUAAAAAUGUCGAUAUUCUGCCAAAUUAGAGGAUUUUAAACUACAAACCAACAGGUGAUGCCCAGAGACUACAUCCAUUUGUUUUAUAAUCUGCAAUUGGUUUUGCUUGGAGAACACAUUCCUGUAAGUGCAUAACUUUGGGCAGAAGUUUACUUUGCCACUAUUAGGCAUGGGCCGGUAUGAGAAACUCACAACUUUGAUUGAAAAUACUUGAUUUAAUUGCUUUUAUCGAAAAUAAAAGCUCAGCAAUUUUUCAGAAAGUUAUAUAUUUAUGAUUCUGUUAAGAAAAUGUUAUUGUUCAUUCUGCCCCUGGAACUAUGGACCAGAUCUUCAACCAGCAGUGUUGUUAAGUCAUAUGAGUUUGCUUGUCUGGUCCACAUGCAUCUGCAGAACGCCUAUGAGGUAUUUUGUGAGGGAGUAUGAGUCGACUGGUAUGCUUUGAAGGGCUAUCUGGUUAUUUUAUACCAAAAACAAUGCUGUGUCCACAUGUUUAGCACAAAAAACAUGCUUAUUCCCAGUGCAGGAUGGACUCCACUGUUUGACCGAAGUCAAAAAUGCGUGCUUUAGAUGUUUCCCAAUCAUGCACACCUGGAAGGAGACCCCAGUGCAGACUUAGAAGCACAAAUAAGAUUGGAUAUAUUUCCAAACCACCAAAUUUGUCCUUUUUGUAAGCAAGGAAAAAAUAUAGUAUCCUUCUUUCAGUCAGCUCUGCAACAAGAAGAGGGAGAGGCAGCACUCCAGCUCAUUCAUACAGUUGGAGCAAACUUUCCUUAUUCCAGUGAAUUUUGUGGCAGCCCAGUAAAAUGACUUUAAACUGUAGGAACUUUUUUUGUAGUCUGAAAACCCUGAUAUGCCUGGAUACUGGUUACCGGCCUAUGCCUGAUCAAUUUAGACUCCAUACACUAAAGCAACAAUCAACGGUGAUCAGGCAGUUCAGGUCUGAUCCUUUUGGAUGUGGGCAUUUUUUGGCAGUAUGUCAGUCACUGAAUAAACAUUGGAUGUUGCGCUUUCUUUUAAUUUUGUGUAUGAAAAAGAAGGGAGCAGUGAAGACAGAAGGAAAGUGAUAUUGAUCCUCUUAUCAAUGCGUCUGUUCUCGUUUUUCAUCUUGGACAAUUCAAAACCCCAGGUGAUGUGGAUACAUUGUUGAGUUUUUAACGGAUCAACAACCAGCAGCGUUUUGAUUUUUUUCAUACUUUCAUGAGACAUUUUCUAAGUUAGUUUAACUGGAGGCUUGUUGACGAUGAAGAUGGAUCCUCAACAUAUCACAUUUGUCUUUCAGCUGAUAACCAAAGUUAGCAAAAAGCUGGUUGGAAACAAUUGGAUUGCUAAAAGUAUAUGGACCUCCAGCUUUUGGUAACUAGGAUGCAGCUUCAAAGGUCAAAGUUCAGCCACACUAUCAACCACUAGGGUGUGGCUAAAGAUUUUGCCUGGUCAGCAACAGCUUCACUUUCAUCUUCAUCAAACAAUUUUUCCCCAACAGCCUCUUUGAACUUAGACUUAAUCGUUUUCUGAAGCCGUUAGAUGCGAUUUCCGUCUUUAAGUUGGUCUGACUUGGUAAAAAAGUGGAGGUCUCUUUCUGUCACUCUGAGGAAAACUUGAAGCAAUGUGGUGAUUAUAUGUAAAGUGGUAACAUUUACUCAAAGGUUGGUGUUUAUUCUUAUAAAAAUACUAUCCUUGUGCAUGCCAUCAGUUAAAUGAGGUUUUUCAGCUUUGUUGCUGUAACAUCAAGAUGUUGAGGCUCAGUAAGAAUGCAGACGAUCUCAGUUUUUGAGGGAGCUCCCAAUCCAUAACGGUACCAAUGAACACCAUAAUACAGCUAUGAAGAGUCUCAAUAUAUUAGAAGACAAUAAGUUUGGAGGAGAUUUCUGUUGCUGCCAUAUUGAGUGAGCAAAACCCAUUGUUGCAUACGAACUCUGAGAAAUAUCAAAAAAGACUCAAACGCCGGUACAUUGUGACCCGAACAGCAUCUUUUGUUCUUGCUUUAUAAUGUCCUCAGUCGUCAUCCGUUGAGUGUUUUGCUGAUGAUGCAUACACACUCCACUGUUUCCUGAUGUGUUUGAAGAAUGCUUCAUUGAGUGUUCAGUGGAACAUAAAGAAAACCCAGUCUGUAUUAUUAAAAGCCGGUAGGAUAGAGGUGCUCUGACUCGUACAUAAUGCCCUCCACACUUACUGGCUCACUGGUAAAGAUGUGUAAAGAAGUCUUAACUUUCCCGUUGAAGCUGCAUAAUUUCACUCCAGGUCUCUGCACUUAAAGUCUUCUCCUUUAAUGUUUCAGAAGGUUGGAUCGUGCAGAGAGAGGGAUCUUUAACGGUUUUAUGCAGACUUCAGCCCAAAGGGUUAUUUACAGGGUUUGGAUCCGGGGACUGAGAGCGAAUAGAAAAGGAUUUUAAGUCUUGAGAACCCUUAUAUUGAUUUGCCUUCUGCAUCAGUAUCCAAGUGCUCAACAUGCCACUCAAUCUUGCAAUAUUCUAAGAUAUUUGGAGGAGAAACUGGCUCACAGCAUUAUAGGUCAAUCGCCAUAAUUAACAAUGAACACAGGAAGGUUUUCCACAUAUUAAUUUCUCGUGUUACACCUGAUAUACCUGAACUGUUGCUGAAAAGCUCAAACUCAUAAUAGUUUAUGUCCAAGUAAGGAUGAACAAACUCCAUAUAAUUAUAUUUGUGGUGGUGGGACUUUUUCCUGACAGUGUCUAAUGGUGAUAAAGAAGACUUGAUGAUCCUCUAUGCCACUCUUUGGCACAUUGGAGAUGUACGUUUGUCCUUUAUCACCCUCCUUAUUGUGUGGGGACCAGAGAGACUUAUCUAGACGUGUUUGUUGAUGGGCAAGUUGUAAAACUUUUAGGUUGAGGGUAUUUUUUUCUGGAAGCCAUUUUCUUACUUGCCUGUUUUGUUUGUCAUUAAAGCCUAUAAGACACAUUGGUCAACUUCAAAAGUAUUAUUUUAAAGAGAUUUUAAGUGUGACCAUUAUGAUAUAGGAAAUAACUUCUUUUUUUUUACUUUGGUUUUUAUUUAUCCUCUCACUUUGCUACGAUAAAAUAUUUAUCUUAAGACUUUUGACACAUCUCUACCAAGAAGUCGGAAGGGCAUCAACCAUGGUCCAGAUCAUUCAGGAAGGCAAAUAAAAGCAAACAGCAGCAGUUUGAUGAUGCAGACAGUGUCCUACCUGAACCCAGGGUCGUCAGUCCACUGGUGACAUACACAGAGGUGCUAAUGGUGCUGAAAACAAUGACAUUUUGUUACAAAUGAUCAUGACCUGACAGGCUAAUGUACGGCUGGUGCAUACAUAAACCACCCAGUCACAGGCCAAGGUACACUUUGCUUUCUCUGAUCGGGUCAUGCAGCAGUUUUUCUGUCGUUAAGCUAAGAUAACAGUUGAUAGUAAUGUGCUGAUUAUAUAUUGACUUGAACAAGAACAUGUUUAAAUGUUAUCGAGUCCAAAAGCUCGAAUCAUCUUUUGUUAAUUAAUGCAAGGAGUUUAUGUUGAUUUAUUUUUGUAUUUGUUUUAUAUCUAUUUAUCUAUUGUUUACUCACUUGGUGGCCAUGUCUUUGGUAUGACUCUUUUAUUAAGAUGUAAAAUAUGAAAAUAGUUUGUUUUUUUUACUCAUUCUAUAUUUCUGUAAAUAUCAGAGUGAUACUAUUCUAGGAUGUGCGUGUACAAGUAUGUGUGCUUUGGUAUGUAAGUAUGUUGUGUAUGUAAAGUAUGUGUGUACUGUAAGGAUGUGCUCUCAGUUUCCUCUUCUACUUUGUUUUUGAUAAUGCCGCUUAAACAUCCUUUGAGUGAGCAAGCAGAAAAAUAAACCUGUGGUGAAAAUUAUCUAUGACGAUGUUUAAAAAAAAAAAAGAAGAAAAACAAAGAACUCAACAAGCUGUGCUGAUUACUGUAGGUGGGAAAAAUACUGUAGUAAACAUGGCUCAACGGCCAUCAGAAUAAACUCAA